UCUGUUGCCUGUCGACUCGCGGCUCCUCCUCCCCGGAGCCGUAGGCAGAAGUCAAUCCUUCUCCAUAGGCUGCUGCUGCUGCUGCUGCCGCCGCCGCCGCCGCCGCUGCUCUUCUUGACUGCGCCUUUGCUCGCCAGCUGCCAGGCCUCUCGCUGGAAGCCGAUCCAGCAGCCGGGUGGCCCUCGCGGAGCCCGCCCGCGGGUACGGUCGAAUCCCAGGCUAGCUGGCGUUUAGUAACAGGACUCCCCGUUCUCCCUGCAUUCCCCCCCCCCAACAACCUCCCCAGGCUUCCUGUUGGGACUACGUAAUCCCGCCACCCGCAGCAGAGCGGAGGCCCGGCCCGUCUGGCAUUGCCUUGCGUUAUGGACAAGCGCGGCCGGAGGAUAAAGGAGAAGCGGCGUUAUAAGAACUUGCCUGCAUGAAGGAAAACGACCACUUGAAGUGACCUGUUUUCCAUAGUGAAUUGCAAAAGAAUGUGGAUUAACCAAAUUCCUUGCUACCUACUGAUGGUAGCACAUUUGUGUAUUCUGAACCGGUUUGUCUACAGCCAAGAAAAAGUUCCAGAUUCUUCAUAUUUGGCUCAGAACUUGACAUGUAUAACACACAAUCUUGACAAUGUUGUCUGCACUUGGACUACGGCUGCUGAAGAUGAUUCAAAACAUAUUUAUGAAUUCUGUUACAAUGCCAGUUUUUCUGAUCCACAAUGUUCAUUAACCAAGGAAAAAAAGGCAACAUUUGCAUUAAUUAUCUUUGAACAUAUGCAGAUUGAGAUAACCACCCUCAAAUUAGCUAAGGGAAAAAAGAAUGAUCCCAUAGCUGAAAACACAUUUCUGCUUUCUGAAAAAGACAUUUUACUUGUUCCUCUGAUACCUCAUAUUCAUAGACUGACUCCAGAUUUUUUAGCUGACACGUUGAUUCUGGAAUGGUAUGAUGGCGGAUCAGUCUUUCCAUACAAAAUUGAUUGUAUUUGGCAAAUUCAGAUUCUGCGUAAAGAUCCAAUGGAGGAAAUAGCACUAGAGACAUAUAACACAUCAGUUGGCAGCAGAGAUACUCUCCUUCGUUGGGAAUGGACAUCGGAUCUGCCUUUUAAUUGCACCACUCACUACUUUAGGAUUCGCUGUUUUCUUAAUGAGAAAAAUUUUGAUGGAAAGAAGACGUGGAGUGAAUGGAGUCCACUUGCAAACAUUCCAGGAAAGGACAGAGGCAAUUUCACAAAAAUGUACCCUUUAGAUAAAGUGGUGGUAGGAGGUUCCAACGUGACUUUCUGCUGUAUGUAUAAAGCUGAAGAUACUUUCAUCAGUAUUAAAUAUGGGAAUUUGUGCAACACUCUGAACUGUAAGGCUGCCCCUCUCACCAAAUGGAGCAAGUCACUCUUUGUGCAAAAUGUCACUGCUGCCGCUAAUUCUGGAUUUAAUGCCUGGUGUAAAAUACAAGAGGGAGGAACAGACAGAUAUUUCGUUACUGGAACGGUUUUAUUUGUGGGCUAUCCUCCGGAUGUUCCACAAAAUUUAAGCUGUGAAACACAGAAUUUUAAGGAAAUAACAUGCUACUGGCAGGAGGGAAAGCCCACUUUAUUAGGUGGUGCAAGAAAAACCAAACAUGCCUUAUUUGAAAGAAACUCUGGGAAAAAUAUCACAUGUGCAGAAUCAAAUCGUAAAAAUUAUCAUUGCAAUUUUACAAUCCUGAAGAACCAAACAGAAUACAACUUCACACUACAUGCUUCCAAUCAUCUCGGCCAAUCAAAAGCUUCCCUCAUAACUGAUAUUAGGCAUAGAGUUUACCCACCUACUCCUGCAGACUUAAGAGUGAGCAGUGUAACUUCAACCAGCUUCAGACUGUCUUUUUCUUUGCCUGGCAAUUUCAAAGAAACCAAACUGCAAUGUCAGGUUCAAAUUCCCAGUGGCCCUUUCCAAGAAGAAAGGAAUGUACUGCUGAAUAAUUCAGAAAAUUCACGUUAUACAAUCUUAGUGGGCAAAUUGCGUCCAUACACAAAUUACAUUUUCCGAGUUCGCUGUGCAACUCCAGAGCCUUUCUUUUGGAAAUGGAGUAAUUGGAGCAAGAACAAGACCGACACAACUCAGCAAGCCAAACCAACAAGAGAGCUUGAUAUCUGGAGAGAAAAAGAUGCUAAUGAUACAGUCACUCUCUUUUGGAAGCCACUCCCUAUUCUUGAAAGCAAUGGAUUGAUAGAGACUUAUGAGGUAUAUUGGACACUGCCAGAUAAAUCCACAAAGAAUGAAUCAGUUCCUGCAUCCCAAAACUCCACCAAAAUAAAACUUUGGAAAAAUGAUUACAUAUUUACAGUGAGGGCAAAGAAUAAGGCAGGUGUUUCUCCUCCUUCUUCAAUCAAUAGUGCUGAGCUUCCAGCGGGUGAUGUUUCUAUAGAAAAGAGAAUUGGAAAAGAUGAUACUAUUUCUCUUGAUUGGCACCCGGACUCCAAUGUGACUUGUGGCUACGUAGUGAGGUGGUGUUAUGGUCCUGAGCCAUGUACAGCUGUUCACUGGGAAACGUUUUCUUCAAGUGUGACAAAUGCUGAUAUUAAAUCAGCUGUCUUCCAGCCUGGAGUUCGAUACACAUUUUCUAUCUUUUGCUGCAAAGAAACUGGAUAUCAGCUACUGGGAUAUAUCAAGGGCUACAUACAAGAAUUGAGUCCCAAAAAGGCACCUGAUUUUAGUGUGCAACAUACCACCUCUGAUUCCAUCUCAGUGAAAUGGAAGAAUAUAUCUGUUGAAGACAGACGAGGCUUUUUGCAAGGUUAUGCGCUUCUUUGUGCCAAAGGAGAGAAAGAUGGCCCAGCACCAAAAUAUUUUCAAUCAGAAAUGAACAUUACUGAUCUAAAUAAAGAUUCAAUGACAGUAUCAGGCCUUCAAGGGAAAACCGGUUACCAUCUGACUUUAAGAGCCUAUACAGCUGCAGGAUAUGGACCUCGUAAAGCCUUGUAUGUGGUUACAAAGGAAAACGCUUUGGGAUUGAUCAUUGCCAUAAUUAUCCCGGUGUCUGUGGUUCUUGUGUUGGCAGUUGUAACCGGGAUCCUCUGCUACAGGAAGAGGGAAUGGAUUAAAGAAGUCUUCUAUCCUGACAUUCCAAACCCAGAACACUCCAAAGCUUUAGAUUUCCCAAGAGAUUCAGAGGGGAACUGUAAUUCUAAAACCUUGGAGAUGAACCCAUGUACUCCCAACAAUAUUGAAGUAAUUCAAUCCCAAUCCCAGGGUCUGAAGAUUGAAGACACAGCCAUUACAUCACCUGUUAUGGAAGAUCCUCCUGAAGAUGGCUUGGAAUCUGAAUCAGGGAGCCACGUUGUGGUUUCCUAUUGUCCACCAAUCAUUGAAGAAGUCAUAUCUAAUCCACCAGAGGAUGAAUCUGCAGCAUCUUCCCAGGUUGUUUAUAUUGAUGUCGAGUCAAUGUAUCCAGCUCCAGUUAAACCAAAUGAAGAAUUAGAAACUGACUGUGUGAUUUCAGCAGGUUAUAAACCACAAAUGCAACUCGCAGUUAAUAAUUUCAGACAAUUGGAGGAAACAUCAACAACAGAAGAGAACUCAGACAAGGGUGCAGGCUAUAGACCACAAGUAAAUGCAUCCUCCUGGAAUACAGACUGUCCAGAUUCUCCAGAAUUCACAGAAAAUGUCUCAUUUGGGAGCCCUUGUUCAAUUAAUUCUCGGCAGUUUUUGAUUCCUCCUAAAGAUGAGGAUGAUGAUUCUCCCAAAGCUAUUAACUCAGGAUGGUCUUUUGCUAACUUAUUUCACACCAAAUCAAAUGAGUAAGGCACGGUUGCCCUGGAAAUAGCUGUUUGCUUGGAACUGGUUGUUAGCAGUUUUGGAAGUACUGUCCCAGAGCGUUUAUUAUUUUAUUUUGGUAAAGCUCAAAGUUACAGUGGACAUUUUAUAACUAGUAGAGAUGCUAAUUCACAGUGUCUCAGGGAAGGUAGUUCUAAAACCAAAGAACAGCAACCAGUCUGCAAUUGCCUUUCAACAGUCUUCCUUUUACUCUGCCCUGGCCGAAUGCUGUCAGUCAGGUUCAAUGUUUUUUUAUUUGUGACUAUAUUUAUGACUUCCUACUCUGAGUAUGCCAGGGGAAACAUAAGCAAAUAGAAGCAAACAUUAUUUCCGCAGGUAUCAAAAUGUCUAUUAAGCCUCAAAGGGAUACAUAUAUAUGCAGGUGUGUUCAGGAUUUGGGACCUUGUCUAAUCAAGAAUAUGUUUAAAUUUUAAGAAAGUAUAUUUAGGUCAAUCUUUGUUACAGGAUCUUAUUGCUAAACAUACCGCAGAUGGAAGUUACAGGAGUGAAACACUACAGGACCCAUACACUACAAGUUCCAGCCAGACACUGAAAGUCCCAGUCACCAAAACAUUACAAGAUCACAGGGAAACACUACAGCAUCCAACACUACACAAGUGCUGCUGAUGGUUUUGUGGCAUUAGAUUUCCAGCUGCUUUGGAGAACUGUGGUGUAAGGCAGUUUGUUCCCUUUUAAUUCCAGUAGAGCCAAUUUAGAUUGCUUGCCAAUCAAAGCUUGCAGUGUUAUGUUUAUGAGCCUGCUGUAUGCAUGUAUAUACAAUAAUUUUGACUCAGGAUACAACACAAGUGUAACACUGAUUUUAAAGCUUAGUCAGGUAUAGAUAAAUGUUGGACUUCUAGAAUAUUUUUUUAAUAAAUUUUAUUUUUCCAUACUUAAAUAAAUACAGUGUGUGCUAUGUCCUCACCUUAAACCGGAUAGAUUACAAACUGCCUUCCUGACAUCCCACUUUCUAGCGCUCAUGUGGAUUCUGUGGAUCUAGAUGUCCUACUGAAUACUUGGUUUUAGGAAUACAGAGGACCCCAAUGCCCCUUCUAUGUCUCUUUCAGAAAAUAUUGACGAAUGAGACUGGGCCACAGAGAUGUGCAAAAUGUUCCAUACACUCUAUAGGUAGGACAGUUCAUUUUAUGUGAUUUGUGACCCCAACUGAACUAUGUGCAUUUUGGAGCAUGGAUUAAAGGAAAAGUUUUUUGUUUUGAGCAAAAACAGUUCGGGGACACAAGGAAAGAGCCACAACAUCAGCAUGUCAUGGGAGAAAGAAAAGGAUGGUGCUAGAUACAUCAGUGGGAUAUGCCCACUGGUGGCAGCAGUGACUGAGAGAAGGGAGAAAAGGCCCUGGAAAGAUAGGGAUUAGCAUGUGUCAUACUGGGACUUUAGUGAUAUCUGAGAGGGGUGUAAGGAAAGGGAAAUUAUUGGGAAAGAGGGCAGUGAAGAAAGAUAUACCAUGCCAGAAACUGUAGAGAGAGCAGAAUGUUUUUCCCAUGUCAUCCACACUCUUAUGUUGCAACAGUCUUCCAAAAUCAUAGGCUGCAUAAAUACCAUUUUGGAAUCAGCCUUCAGCAGCUUAUCAUCAUCUCUGGGGAAAACCAUUUGCUUUGGGGAAUGGCCAACUACAAUACUCAGUUGCCUCCAACUCUGAAUUUCCCUGGAAACUUUUACAGGGAGAAACUAGGGAGCAAAUUGUGCUUUCAUGAGCAGAUAUUGAAAUUCCUCUAUAAAACACUACCAAACAAUUUAGUUCUUUUGGAUACUAUCAGGUGGACUAGUUUUAAAACAAAUCUUUGCACUUAAGAGUGUAUUUCUCACACAUGUAAAACUGCAGUUUCACACAACUCAUUAAACUGAUAUAUAUACACUCUACUUCUUUGAGGUGAUUAACCAAUUUAGCUUUUGUAAUUAGCAAUUUAACAUUUCCUGUGGAGACAACCCAUUUUUUCCAAGUUAUCUUCACCUUAUCUAUAUUCAGGUUUACCAUAUUUGGAUAGUCUUUUUAAGUCAUUUUAAGUUAAAUGAUUAAAAAUGGAUGGAAGUUUGAUUUAAUCUUGCAUUUUCAGAAAAUGGUCAAGUUUAGAGUGUGCCUUUAAUGUAUGGCGCUUUUAUUUAAUGCUUUGAUACUCCUAUUCGGUUUCCAUAUUCAUCAUCUUUAAAAAGAUGUUAAUAGUAUUUGCCCUCAACUAUUACAUUUUUGUAAGUCUUUUGAAAUCUCCGUUGUCAGAGAUAGCAGUUGCGGUAUCUGCAUUGAUAGUAACAACAAAUUUUCCAGUCCAAAGAUGGAAUGUUGCUUUUACAAUUAACACAGUGGCCUUCUUUUUAUUAAACUAUUUUUGCAGCUUUCCAGGGUUUGACGGAAUUAGAUCCUGCUAAGUGCUGCUUAUUUUCAAUACAGUUUUUUAAUAAAAUGUGUGGUGAAAUGAAUGUAUGUAUCCGGGCAGUAAGAGAUUAAUAUGUGUAUGUCUUUAGUGUAAAGCUGGUGUCUUGGAAAGAAAGCAUCUCUGUGAGAAAUUGCCCCUUUUCAAGAGAGUGAUCCAUCCCAACAUAUCUGAAAUGUGCAAAAGUUCCCAGAUUUGUAAAUGUUUUCCAUAAAUACCUUUCCCAACCUGGGCACCUUUCUUCAACACUCAGAAUUCCCUGGUUAACAUGUUACUUAUUAAGAAUGUUGGGUGUUGAAAUCUAUUUGGCUGAAAAGGAUUGCUCUAUAUGGUAUUUAAAGCUUGAUAUCUUAGAAAAGAGAAGGGGAAAGUAAAGGGAACUUCCAUUUAUUUAUAUCCCUCCAGUUUAUAAUUUUGUAAAAAUACCCUGAAUUUCAGGUGCCAGACUCUGCACUACACACAUUGCCUUAAUUUGCAUGGUGUUUUCCUUUAUUUAGCCAUAAGCCCAGUUCGUUCUCUUGUUUCUGAGAAGUGUGUUGGAAAAUCAAACAAAAAUCUGUAUAAAGAACACUAUCCAUAUUAUACCUCAUAAAGGACAUAAUUGAAAUUCUUAUGUUUUCAGAGAGAUUUUGAGAUCCUUAUAUCUAAAAUGUCAGAGUUUGGGAAGGGAGAUAUAUUUCAACAUUAUUAUUUUUUUCAGUAAGUUUAUUUUUUUUAAAUGGGGAUGCUGCUCAGUUGGUUCUAGAGAACCUUUCAGCAUUGAGCCGUGUAUUUCAUCUGGGUGGGAGGGGAGUUAUUUUGUUGUUUUUAAAAGGAUUUAUUUUUUGAAGGGCAUAAUUACAUUUAAUUCAUUAUAUGUUUGUUGUUAUGUGUUGACAUAUGAGGGAAAGGACUGUGAAUUUUGUUUUAGUUGGACUUCUGUCUCUUUUUUUAAAAUUUGGAUUUGCAGUUUGGAAGAAUGGGUAUACAUUUUUAGUUAUCCUUUGAUAUACCUCAUAAAAGUGAUUUAUCAGAAAGAGUAAGCUACACUAAACUUUGCAAAAGAGGAUUUUCUUAUUCAUGUGAAGACACAGAUUUACUGGGGAGUGUUCUGCUGUACAUUGGUUCCAUGCUUUGGAGGUAGAAUAGACUGGUAGAGUUAGCCUUUAAAUAAAUAUAUUGCACAUUAAACCAUUGGGCUGCCCUUACUAAUUAGCAGGGACUACUACACCAAUGUGCAUUAUAUCUUGGAUUUGAGUGCCCAUUAUUAUGUUGUAGCAUGCAUCAUCAAAAGUUUUCAAAGAGGAUGCUUGAUAUUAACUUUCAAGGCUAGUUCAUUCCACUCCUGGCCCUGACAAUCAGUUAGAUGGGCCAGUAAAGAUGGAGCAAAUGGCACAGCAUUAUGUGUCAGUUUACACAGCAAACCUAUAGGUAUUCUCUAACUGGGAUGGCAUAUCUGGAGGAAAAGAAUUGCCUGUCUUUCUCUCUGAUGAUUUGCGUAAGUUAAGAUGACCACCCAAGUGCUGAAUUAAAGAUGUGGAAACUGCCAUACAGCCAUAUCCAAAUACGUUUGCAAGCUGUUUGCUCACAGAUUUUUCUUGCAAAAGAAAGAUAAACAGAAAAAGAGGCACCUGACUUCUAUUAGAAAGUGGCUUUUUGAAAGUUUUGGUCUUUCUCAAAAGUAUUCUUCUAUACAAUGUCCAUUAAUCUCAGUAAGGCUUGAAGGAUGUUGAUAUUUUGCUUCAAGCCCUUCAUGAUCAUGAACACUUGAUGAUUCUGGCUGUGCCCAUGGAGUUCAAUAAACUAUUCCCCAUGGAAUCUUUUGUGUUUCUAUUCGCUGUAUUUGAACUGAGGCUUCAAGUUAACUGGACUCCAAAUCAUUGGCAUGUUCAGAUGUAGAGGUUUAAAAAAAAGUUUCCUGGAGUAUAUACAACAGCAGCUUUAGAUUCAUGAAAUCUCAGUUAAAUGAACAGCAUGUGUUGUGCACGUGCAAAGAAGCAUCAUGUGAUCAGUUAGAGUGAACUCCCUGUUCACAGGGGUGAUGUUGAACAGUUCUGUGCUUUCUAUGAACUGAGUGAGCUGCUACAAAAUGGUACACGCUUCUCUUCCAGAUCAGGACUUUGUUGGUCAGCAGAUCUGUCAUUGUGGAAUGGAUGGUUGAAUGUUUGCAAACUACCACCUAGUACCAGUUUUGGUGUCUGGGUGAAUGGAUUGUUUAUUCUAUGGUAGCAUUCGUAGAUUUUAUCAUUUCUUGCCACUUUUCCAUGAAGUCAUAUGGUCUUCAUUGAGGGCCUUCAUUGUGAAUGUGAAAUCUCCCGCAGUGAGAUAAAACAGAGACAGGAAGAACAUGUAGAGGGGGAACUAUAUUGGGUGAGUGCUAAAAUGUGGGGUGGGGUUAGGGAACAUUCUUCAGAAGUUAAUUGUAAAUAAAACAAUGCUUGUAUAAUAUAUAAUUGUUUUAUAGCUCAAUAAAUUCUGAAUGUUUUUAUUCAAAAUCCUGCAGCAUAUUAAACAUAUAAUACAUAAUAAAUGUGAAGGUAAUCUCAGUGCUUAUUGAAAUAUUAAAUAACCAUUGUAAUAUUGAAUCAACUGGAAGACUCAAUGUUGCUUAACUUUUUUGUAUUUUCCUCGUCCAGCAGUUUUAUUUCUUUUCGCUUCUAGACUAUAGAAAAUGGGCUACUGAUUCUGGCCCUCUGAUGCCAGACAGCUCGGGUAUCAUAAGCAAACCUUAAAAUGUAUGUAAACCAUUCUACUCUUCUUAUUCUACUGUACGUAUUUAACUGGCAAAACUGCAUUUCUGAAAUUCUUUUCCAUUUCACCUUGUUCACUCACAGAUUAAUGGUUUAUUGUUGUACCGAAAGACAUCACUUUGCAGUUUAGGAAAAUUCCUGUUAAGUCUUUAAGACAAGCUUAAAUACGUGAAUAUGAGUUGCAUCCAACUCUGUAUUAAAGCAAUGCAUCUUAAAACCAAAGGGGGUUGAUAGGACUUUCCCAUUUCCUGUGUUUGCUGUGUUAAACUCUCUGAGUAGAUUUGUGCAACAUAUCAAUGGACUGAGGCCAGUGUUGUGUAGACAUCAUUAUGAGCAAAACAACAGCUAUAUGAUUGCUAAUGAAGCUAUCCAAGCAGACCCAUCAAGUGAGUGAUAACUUUAAGGAUAAACAAGGAGGAAAAGAGGAGGGAACAUUAAACUAUACAAAUAAUGUAGCACUAAUGCACUAAAUGUGGAAUGAGUAUGAAGCUAAUAUGCUACCAUAUAGCCAGACCGUGCUUAUCCCUAUAAUAUGCAUGUAUUAAGAAUAUUGGCCAGAAAUAGUGUCAUGAAGUUUAAUAAAUGUAUUUUCUUACCCUUUAAAA